GUCCCUCUGUUCCGUCCCAAAUCGUCAUCGAGGUUCAAGGUUCUCACCGUUUACAUGGAGGCCAUUACUCUCCCGAACUACAGUUCCCAGGCUCCUCAAUUGUUUGGAGCUACUUGUUGAAACUCUUGGGAGCCCAGCUCCCUGCCAACCAAGGGAACGCUGCCGGUUUCCGAGGUCAUCAAUGACGGCACAGGUAUCCAGCAAUCUCGCCGUUUGUGAAUCGACAGCUUUGGGCUUCCGGAAGUUUGGGAUUCCAGGUGCAUCCGUGCUGAGCGGCCCGGGUUGUUAUGAACCAGAUAUCCCGUCUCCUGACACGGACAAGCACAGCGGGUUACAACUGACAGAACCUCUUUUUCGUUCUAGGUCCGACAAUAACUGUCUCGGAUUUAAGCCAACGGCUUCUGUACUGCCAGCGCCGCUCAAGGAAGCACGGCACAGGCACUGGCGAGCAGUCGAUUGCAACCACGAUGCCCUGAAGAUUUCCGGCUCUGGAUGCUACCCCGCCAUCUCAUCCGAGAUCUGAGCAGUCAAAGAUUAUUGAUCCUCUCUAGCGGACUUGGCUGUUAUGGACCGAUCCGGGCAAACAUCUGGCUGCUGGCCAGAAACGUUCUAUGUAGUUUUGCUUCUCCGGUUACUCAUCUUCACAGAUUCGGUUCUCCCACCUCUCAUAGUCUCCGCGGAUACACCGGAAUUAGCUGUUGUAGAGCGAACCGCACCAGUCGCGUCCGAUGUGUGCCAUGAGUGUGGAAGUCCCGAGCCCUGUGCCCCCCACUGGCCGAGACGUCAAACGGAGUCCAGAGACCCACCGCAGCGAACGGGAAGACACAAAGGUGGAAGUGUGAAAGGCCGAAACUAUUGGCUGACUCCAAAUUCCCUCAGUCAAGCCGCUGGAUCUGAGACUAAUGACUUCAGCCUCUUUGUUGUUAGCCAGUAACGAGACUAAU